GCGUCUCAGAAGACGAUGGCCCUGGAGCUGGAGAACUUGCACACGGAGCUGGAGACCCUCAGCCGAAACAAGAACCUGGUUGAGGAGCAGCUCUACCAGCUCCAGCACGAGAGAGCAGAUCUGCUGAGACGCAUCGAUGAGGACCAGGAGGAUCUGAACGAACUCAUGGAAAAGCACAAGGCUCUGAUCGCCCAGUCUGCAACAGAUAUCGCUCAGAUUCAGGAGCUACAGACCCAGGUGGAGGAAGCAAAGAAAGAAAAACAAAGUCUCCAAGAGAAACUGCAGGCGGCCGAGGCGAGACUGGCCCAGCUGGGGCGGUCGACGGUGGAGCGCGCCGUCGUCAGCCGGCAGGAAGCGCGCGUCUGCGACCUGCAGAACAGGCUGGAGUUUCAGAGCGGGCAGAUCAAGGUGCUGGUGCUGCGCUUGCGGGACAGCAUCAUCAAGAUGGGCGAGGAGCUGGAGAAGGCAGCUGAGUCGGAAGCGCGGGAGAAGGAGAACACCAAGUACUACCAGAUGAGGAUGGAGGAGAUGAAGGCAGAUAUGAACGAGCUGGUUCAGAGGGAGCUGGAGUCCAGCCGCCGGCGCAUGGAGCUGAGUAAAUCGGGCCCGAAGGUGGGCUGCUGGCGUGGCUUGGCUGUUGCCCCUGGCCAGGCGGGCUGCGAGGCGCCAGGAAAGCUCCCAGAGCCUCCUGCGAUCUGUCGCAUCAAACUUGCUCUGCGGAAACCUCCCGUAACCUGCAGAUUGGCCUGA